UCCUAGUAGUAGGCAACAAGUGAAAAUGCGGUGAACAAAAGACAAACCUGAGUGUAGCGGGAAGCGACAAUGUUUAACUAAGGACUAAGGAGGAGCAGGAACUUAAUCACCCCUUCCUCUUCCUUGCUCCGACCACAGACAGUGGUGUUAGCUGCGUUUUGCUUUUGUGUGAAACGACAGCAUAACUAUGCGCAUUAUCACUACCACCACCACCACCACCACCAACUUUCUCAAAUCACUCCACAACCUCCACUUUCUCAGACUCUCCUCUUCUCUUUCCUUUCUGCUCAACGACAAGCCCCACAUUGAAACACCGCACGGCGCCACAUAUUCACCGGAUAAUGAGCACAUCGGAAACUCAACGUUGGCGACGGACCUCGCUUCUUUACUCGAGGAACCUCAAUCCAAACCCAAACCCAAGAGCCGUAUGGAGCUGAAGCGCUUUCUCGAGCUCCGAAUAAAAAAACGGGUCAAGGAGCAACACGCCAAUGGCAAGUUUCAUAACCUAAUGAAAACCGUGAUUUCCAAUGCAGAAACCCUUCGCGAUGCUUACCACUGCAUCAGGAUCAACUCCAACGCACUCGACGCCGCUCCGAACCACGACGCUUCCUUUUUGGAUGACCUAGCAGAAGAGCUCGGCAAAGGGGAUUUCGACGUGUGCGUGAAUACGUCGUCGUUUUCGACGAGGAAAGGUUCCGCGAACAAGGAGAUAUUGGUGCUUCCUAAUUUGAAGCUAAAGGUUGUUCAGGAGGCUAUGAGAAUAGCGUUGGAGGUUGUUUACAAGCCGCAUUUCUCGAAGAUUUCGCACGGCUGCCGGAGUGGGAGGGGCCGCGCCGCCGCGUUGAAGUAUAUAUGCAAGGGUGUUUUGAGUCCUGAUUGGUGGUUCUCGGUGCUUGCGCAUAAGAAAUUGGAUGCUGUUGUGUUGGAAAAGCUGAUUUCCAUAAUGGAGGAUAAGAUAGAAGAUCCUUGGUUAUAUGGUUUCAUUCGGAGCAUGUUUGAUGCUCGAGUGUUAAAUCUUGAGUUUGGUGGUUUCCCCAAGGGACAUGGUCUCCCCCAAGAAGGGGUCUUGUCUCCCAUUCUGAUGAAUAUUUACCUUGACCUCUUUGACAGUGAAUUUUGCAGGCUGUCGAUGAAAUAUGAAGGUAUAUGUGACGAUGGAGGGUUAAGUGAUCCAGAUAGGUCUGGUUCCAUGUUGCGUGGUUGGUUCAGGAGACAAUUGGAUGGUGUUGAUGCUAGGAAGAGUUCUGGUGUGAAAGUUUACUCUUGUCGAUAUAUGGACGAGAUGUUUUUCGCAGUUUCUGGUUCCAGGGAUGCUGCUGUUAAUUUUAUGUCUGAGGUCCAGAGUUAUUUGAAGAGUUCUUUGCUGUUGGAUGUGGGUGAUGAAACGGAUAUAUUGCCCUGUGAGGGGCCUCAUAGUAUCCGGUUUUUGGGAACUUUGGUGAGAAGAACUGCCAGGGAGAGUCCUGCUGUAAAAGCUGUUCACAAGUUGAAAGAAAAAGUGGAGCUAUUUACUAUGCAAAAGGUGGAGGCUUGGGAAUAUGGGACGGUAAGAAUAGGGAAGAAAUGGUUGGGUCAUGGUUUGAAGAAAGUUAAGGAAUCAGAAAUCAGGCAUUUAGCUGAUAGUAGCUCCCUCCUGAAUAGGGUCUCGUGUUUCCGCAAGUCUGGAAUGAAGACUGAUCAUUGGUAUAAGCACUUGUUGAAGAUAUGGAUGCAAGAUGUUCAAGCAAAAACUGCCCAGAGUAAAGAAAAUAUUUUAUCGAAGUGCAUUGCAGAGCCAGCUCUUCCACAAGAGCUAAAAGAUUCCUUUUAUGAAUUUAUAAAGCAGGCAGAGCAGUAUAUAUCUGCUGAGGCAGAUUCUAUUCUCAAGCUUUUGCCAAAUAAUAACAGCUCAACAGAACAUCCAAUUGCGAAAACUGAGAUUAUUGCUCCUAUCCAUGUCAUAAAAAUGCGUCUCCUGAGAUAUGGAUUGACUACAACUAAGGGAUUCCCCCGAUCUGCUAAUUUGCUCAUCAUGCUAGAUACAACUGAAAUUAUUGACUGGUUUUCAGGGAUUUCUUGCCGCUGGCUGAAAUGGUAUGAAAAUUGUUCUAACUUUGAUGAGAUAAAGCUCUUGAUUUCAGAUGAUGUUAGGAAAUCAUGCAUUCGUACUUUAGCAGCAAAGUAUCGGGUACAUGAAACUGAGAUAGAAAAGCGGUUUGAUGUAGAACUAAGCAGGAUUCCAUCAAUAGAGGACGCAGACAAUGGGAUGAUAAAUGAAGCAUCGGAUGUUCAAGCUUUUGAAAAUGAUGAGGCAUUAACGUAUGGAAUUGCUUAUAGUGGUCUGUGUUUGUUGUCUUUAGCAAGAAUUGUUACCAAAGCAAGACCAUGUAAUUGUUUUGUAAUAGGGUGCUCAUCUUCCGCACCGAGAGUCUAUACUCUUCAUGUUAUGGAAAGACAGAAAUCUCCUAGCUGGAAGACUGGAUUUUCAACUUGCAUUCACCCAAGCUUAAAUAAACGGCGAGUUGGGUUGUGUAAGCAGCAUUUGAGGGAUUUGUAUCUUGGUCAUAUAUCACUUCAGUCCAUUGAUUUUGGUGCAUGGAAGUGAUGUGGUGCAGGGAAACAAUUAUUCUUAGAAUUUGCUUUUAGGGUUUAACUCAACUGAGACUGACCACCUUCCUUGAGGCUGCAAUUAAGGCAGUCCCCAAAGAAGCAACAACAAAGGUGGGCUAGGAGUGACCAUAAUUAAGGUGGUUUUCCAACACUCCCUCACACCCAAAGCUACCGGCUUGGAGCAUGGCAAAUUUCCAUAUCCAUGUAUUUCAGCAUUCCUGAAGGUUUUGGGUUGUGAUUUGUAGAUGAACUUGCUGGCUUUGAAGAAGAAUGGAAAGGAAAGGGUAAAAAUUAUUUGCCUGGAUGGACUGGAAGUAUUGGUGAAUAAUUAUCCUUUCUGCUACUUGGGGAUGUGGGUGAUUAAUAUCUAUUCUCUAGAAAAUAUCUCUACAAUUUAUUUGAGAAUAUCGAUAGUUUUAUGUGUACAUAUCUGUACCAAAAGUUAUAUUUACUGCAUUAUAAGUGCUAGUUUACUUGAAUGAUUAAAAUUCAAGAAAAUAAAUCAUAAAACAAUUUAGUAAAGAACUAGGUUAUCAAUAGUCUGCUAUACAGCGGAGAUGCCAGUGGCUGCUGUUUGAACACUGCAACAUCACGGUUUAGUGUCAGCUAUGACAGCCUGCUGCGUGCAAUUUGGCUAGGUCUUCCUGAUAUCCUUAAAAUGCCCUUAAAUCUUUGGCUUUAAGUUUUAACAGGGUUGUUUUAGGUAUUUGCAUGAGUUUUCAUAAAAUGAAACUGUACAAUUUUUGUUGUAUAUGAAAUGAACUAGCAAUGUCUUUAUGGGAUGCUCUGCCUCCUGAGUGUGUGUGGCCCAGGCUUCUCACCUGCAUUUUCCAGCCGGCACCGCUGUGACUCAAUCCGCGUUUCUUUGUUUUCCCCCUGUUGCUGUUUUCCUGCCUACUGUUCAGUAGGUUCAGAACCACUUUCUUGUCCCCUUUAUUCUGUGUCUUAUUGUUUUUAAAUUCAUAUUCAAUUGUUUCCCCUGUUCUUUUUGGUUUCUAGUGUUUUUGUUAAAUUUUUCUGUGCUCUGAUUUCUUUGGAAAAAAAAAAAACAGCUAUUUAAUUAUUUAUGUAAUAAAAAAAAAUUCAGAAUAGCUGUCAUCCUGCUUUCAGCUAUCUCACUGUUGUUUUUGGGGUCAAUCCCACUAUUGCCACUAUCAAGAUUGAUAACUAUAAUACAAAAAUGCUGGAUAUCCCAAGUUUUUUUAUUUGACGGAAAUCAGUGCAAAUUAAGUAGAUCCGUAUGUAUGUGCUUUUUAGUGUACAUAGUUGUGAAUUUGCAAUCGUAGUAUUGCACAGAAAAAUAAAACAAUCAUGAUUAUGAUGAUAUUCUUAGCUUGUGUUCUUUAUUGGUGAGAAGUAAAAGGUUACAAUGCCAGAGAUGCACAUUGCAUUCAGUGGCAUGGAGAGGAUGGCUUCAUUGUUGAUUAUCAGUAUGGUUAAUUGUAUUUUAAAUGCUAUAGUAUGAUUGAUGAACAAUGUGCAUCUGUUGUUAGUAUGCUUCUUAAUGUUGACAUAUUCUCGUUUAUCUAUUAUAUUUGUAAAUUUACUGUCUCGUAGCCAUCAUCUUUUCUACAUAAAUUAGAAAAGAUGCAAACCAAAUAUCAAAUUUCAUUGGGAGCAUCAUUCAAAUAGUACUAUGACAAUGUAAUAAUCACUGGUUGUAAUAUGAAGUGAUCUCUAAAUACUUUGUAUUAUGGCUGUUGAGUGAAUAUUUUUUCCUUCAAAGCAGCAACGGUCCAUAUGUUUUUGUCAUCUAAUCUUUAAUUUGUGCUCUUUGUUAUUUUAGAAGCUAGCCAUAAUAAUGGACAAGCUGAGCAGUCAAGGCAUGGAGUUCUGGCGCUUCCUUCUUUCAGUCUUUGGAGCAUAGUCAUCCUGCGGGAACAAUAUCUGAAGCUAGAGAUGAUGUUGGCUCGUCUCGCACACAAGUGACUACACAAGAAAGGACAGAAUGCAAAAUGUUUGUAUACGAAAAAAUAUUAGUGUAACACCAAGUGAGGAAAAAAUGACAAGAAAUUGGUUAAGGUGAUGCAGUGCUGUUAAAUAGCCACUAUAACGGCACUAUAAUGCUAUUUCAUUGCAGAAUUCCUUGGAUCCGCAAUCAAGAUUCUGUCCGCUAAUGUGGCUGCUAUUCCGUCAUGUUUGAAUUUUUCACUUACAAUAAGUAUAGUGAUAUUAAAAAAUAUAGAGAUUUUAAUGGAUUAUUUUGAUAGAUGGA